AUGGCGGCGCCCUGCGCGGAGAUGGAGCCGGCGGCGCCUCCUCCCUCCCCUCCUCCCGCUCCCGCUCCCGCCGCCGCGCCGGGCUCGGCCGGGCUCGUGUGCGCGCAGGGCCGCAACCUGCGGGCGGUUCUGUGCCAGCGCUGCGGCUCCCGGGUGCUGCUGCCCGGCGCCGCCACCUUCGCCCGCCGUGAGCUCCUCCUGCCCGCCAUGAGGAAGAAGGCGGCGGCGGCGGCGGCGGGAGGCGGCGGGGACGUGCUGCGGGAGCACUGGCUGGUGCGCGACAUGUUCUCCUUCGAGAACGUGGGGUUCACCCGCGACGUGGGCAACGUGAAGUUCCUGGUGUGCGCCGACUGCGAGGCGGGGCCCAUCGGCUGGCACUGCCUGGACGACAAGGACAGCUUCUACGUGGCUCUGGAACGCGUGGCCCACGAGUGACCGCGGCCCCGGGCACCGGGCUGGCAGCUGGGCUCGGCCGCCAGGAGCCCCGACAGCCCUGAGAGCCACAGCCUGGGCUGGGGCCCAGGGCACUGCCCGUGGCCGGGCACCCCAGUGUCUGACUGACCACAGCCCUGCUGGACACCCCAGUGUCUGACUGACCACAGCCCUGCUGGACACCCCAGUGUCUGACUGACCACAGCCCUGCUGGACACCCCAGUGUCUGACUGACCACAGCCCUGCUGGGCACC